AGCAAUCUCAAAACUUGUGUGAUCUACAAACUCUGGGUUCCUCCAUUGAAGAAAAAGCUUUGACAAAACCAGAGAAAGAGACAGAGAGAUAAUGGCGGCUAAACUAAUCUGUUCGUCUUUAACAGUGCAUUCAAUGGCGAACAAGAAGCCUUCACCUUCUGCUGCAACAAGAACAAUAACCUCAAAGAAGAGUACAGCGACUCCACAGGUGAAACUACUGACAAGAGUUGAGCAGCUUAAGCUUCUGACCAAAGCCGAGAAAGCAGGACUUUUGUCUUUAGCAGAGAAAUCAGGUUUCUCUCUAUCAACCAUCGAGCGUCUUGGAUUGCUGACCAAAGCAGAGGAAUUCGGCGUUUUGUCUGCCGCAACAAACCCGGAAACGCCUGGAACGUUAUUCACUUUGAGCCUCGGUUUACUCCUUCUUGGACCGGUUUGUGCAUAUGUAGUUCCUGAAGAUUACACUUGGGAAGUAGUGGUUCAGGUUCUUGUGGCUCUGCUCUCUGUUCUUGGUGGCUCUGCUGCUUUUGCUGCCUCUGGUUUUGUCUCCAAUUUGCAGAAAUCUGAUUAGCCCGCUCGUUUUUUUUGGUAUCAAAUUUAUUUACCCCGUGUAGCAAGAGACUUUUCUGCAUUUAAGAUGAAAACUUUAUAAUGUAUUUGAUUACAUUAUAUUGUAUAAACUCAUUAUCACUAUUUUCUAUCUAUGUAAAUGGUUUCAUAUACAGAAUUCCAAGAGAAACGUUUUGAAUUUCAAUAAGUUUAGUUCAUUAUU